AAUCAGCCACCGAGAGGGGGACGCUGGGGGGCGACCGAGAGCCUUUCUACUUCCCUUUAAGGCCCGGGCGGAAGACUAGCGGAUGGAGGGCCUUUGUGUCGGAGGGAUAGAAGUGGGACUCACCCUUUAAGAGGGCGGAGACUCCGGAGUGGCGGCGGCUUCGAACGCGUCCGGAGCGCGGACCCCGGCGACCCUCCUCCGGCCCCGCCGGGCCUCACCGUCGCUUUUCUUAGACCUUGUCCCUGAGACGCCGCCAUCUUUCGGACUGCCGCCCGCCCACCCCCGGCGAGCUACUGCAGUCGGGGCCUGAGGAGCCCAGCCGGGGCCCAGGCCCGCAAGCUGUCUCCAUGGCAUGCAGCUUGCAGAAGCUGUUUGCUGUGGAAGAGGAAUUUGAAGAUGAGGAUUUCUUGUCUGCCGUGGAGGAUACAGAGAACCAGUUUGCUGGCUCACACCCUGUGAAUUCCGGAUGCCUGAGACCUGUCUCUUCCUGGCCAAGAGACAGUGUGCAGGCUCAGUCUGCAGGGCAGCUGUUGUCAUGCCCCACUGCUCCUUCAGAGACUUUGGGCCAGCCAGCUCAUGGACUCCAUCUUCCAGCCUCCAGCAUGCCAAGGACUGCCAGGGGUCCACCUUCCACAAAAACAGCCCCCUUAAGGCCCAUCUCAACUUCCAACAAUCCAGCAAGAGCGAUACUGACAGAGUUGCCCCAAGAGCCAAUAAAACCUCCAUCUAUAGUUUGCCACCCCCUGUUAACCUUUGAGAGCCAACAGCAGGUGAGCAGUGGCUUUGAAGGACCUGAACAAGAUGAAUUUGAUAAGAUCCUGGCAAGCAUGGAGCUGGAGGGGCCAGGCAUGGAGUCAGAUCUAGGAGUGAGCGGUGAGACCCCAGGAGUCCUGCCUGUUUGGCAGCGGGAGGACUCAGUAUUGGCUAAAAAGGCCCGGGUUGCUGAUCUCAGCAGGUCUUGCCAAAAGUGGCCCAUGCCUGCCACCCAUCUCGUGAGCAUCUCCUCAGCACAGGGUGAACUUCCUCUUGGCCACUUUAGGACUCCACCGGCUUGCGGGAAGCCUGGUACUGUGAGUGAUGUUCCUGUCCCAAAUGCCUCAGCAGCUCCCACUCAGCAGCAGCACUGGGAAGCCUGUCCUGCAGGUCCUUCUCUUUCAGCACCUCAGCUUCCCCAAGCUGCUGACAGGCCUGUUCAGAGCAGCCCUCAAAAUCAUUUUUCUGACCAGUCUUUCCAGUCUCCAGUUAACUGCUUAAGUCGGAAGCCUCACUUUCUAGGACCUCAGACUCCCAACUCAGGCUCUUCCACACCUUCAAGGACUGUCCAUGGAUCAUUUCCUCGGAGACCCUUGCAACCCCGAGCUCCACUGUCCUCUGUUCAGUCUCCUGUUGGCACCCCGAAAGGUCCCCAUUCUUCCCUGGCUCCCCAAGCCGCUCUUCAGACACCCGUAGUUACUAACCACCUGGUGCAGCUAGUCACGGCUGCCAGCAGGACACCCCAGCAGCCCAUGCGCACCUCCACCCCUGCCAAAACACGCCGAUUCCCUGGCCCAGCAGGGGUCCUGCCUCAUCAGCACAGCGGGAAGAAUCUGGAGGAGAUCAUGGUUUCCACACCCCAGACUCCAACUCACGGUGCUCUGGCUAAAUUCCAGACAGAGAUUGUUACUAGUUCCCAGGCGUCAGCGGAAGAGGAUUUUGGGCGAGGUCCGUGGAUGACCAUGAAAUCUGCUCUGGGCCUGGAUGAGAGAGACCCUACCUGCUUCCUCUCUACUUACAGCAUUGUCAUGGUGCUGCGGAAGGCAGCCCUGAAACAGCUUCCCAGGAACAAAGUCCCCAACAUGGCAGUGAUGAUCAAGUCCCUGACUCGGAGCACCAUGGACGCUAGUGCAGUGUUCAAGGACCCCACAGGAGAGAUGCAGGGCACGGUGCACAGGUUGCUGCUUGAGACUCGCCUGAAUGAGCUGAAGCCUGGCUCUGUGCUGCUGCUGAAACAGAUUGGAGUGUUUUCUCCUUCACUGCGAAAUCACUACCUCAAUGUGACACCCAACAACCUGGUCCACAUUUACAUUCCAGAUUGUGGGGAUGGGAACAUGCCUCAGCCACCGCAGCUCUUCCCUAAGGAUCCAGGAAACUUACACGGUAGCCUCCAAUUUGAUGACACUGUGAAGCCUGGGAAAGACAUCAGAACAGCACAGAAUACAGAGACAGGGGCAUUUCCUAAGGAGGAACUUACAGAAACAGAUGACCUGGAUGGACUCCUGAGUGAGCUCCCUGAGGACUUCUUUUGCGGGACCAGCACUUGGGACUGUGCUGAGGCAGGGCAUCCACCAUGAGCAGCAGCCUCUCAGCACCCAGGCUGAUCAUGUCUGUUAAUGUCUGAGAGAAGAGCAGCACUACUGGAGAACGGACAGAGUUUGGACUCCUGGGGUUGCUCCCACCCUGGAUGCUUUCCCUGGGAACGCCCUCCUCCCUCAGGUUUUGCACUGCUGUCACUUUGGACCUUCCUUGGGCAUAGCAGAAUUAAACCCAAGGCUGGCUUUCUAAUCCUCCUGCCCUCUGUCCUCAAGGGGAUCAUUCCUCCUCCUGUCAACAUAGAAGCUAUCACCUACAGUGUCACUCUCUUGCCUUAGAUGUUGGGCCUGGUCUUUUAAAGCCUAGUCCCCAGACAGCUGAGAAGUCAAGAGGAGCCCCCCACAGCAGUGCUGGCCUGUCCCUCUGGACAGGAAAGGACAUAUUCAGGCUUCCCUCUGCUUUGUCUGUUGAGACCUCUAAUUGCCCAGCUCACAUAUGCCACGGUUCCCCUGUGCAGGGGCAGGGGUGGCUAUACUUUGUCCCCAGAAUAAAGCAGCUGAGUGCUUCA